AUGGCUGAGCUCCCAAUAAUUGAUGUUUCUGCUCUUCGAUCAGAGCUGGAAGAAGGUGAUCCUGAUCUUCAGAUCAGGCUGUGCAAUCAAGUAAAAGAAGCUGGCCAACAAUGGGGAGCUUUCCGGAUGAUCAAUCAUGGAGUAGAAGAGGAGCUUGUGCACAAUGUGGACUCAGUUUCUCGAGAUCUGUUCAAUCUUCCACCCCAAGUAAAAGAAAGAGCGGUUUCUCAUUCAUUUGAUGGGUAUUUAAAGCCCGGUGCUCUUUCAUCUGGCGAGGCCAUGGGUCUCCCAGCAGUACUAACUUCUGGUUCACUUCAGCAAUAUGCACAAAAGCUAUGGCCACAAGGAAAUCCUAAAUUUUGCGAGACCCUAAGAACAUACAGUUCCAAGUUAGCCAAUCUGGUAAAUUCCCUAAUAAAACUAAUUCUUCAAGGUCUAGGCCUCAGCAAACAUUUCUAUACCGAUUUUGUAGAUUGUGAGGCUGUUAUUGGUCUCAAUUAUUUCUCAGUGUGUGAAAAAGUUGAUGGAAGUGCCAUUCGUUUCAAGGAGCAUAAGGAUUUUGGCUUGAUGACAAUUCUGUACAAUGACCAAGUGGGUGGUCUUGAAAUGCGCUCUAAACAAGGUGAAUGGUUCACUGUAAAACCUCUUGUUGGAUCAUUCACUGUCAUCAUGGGAAAUUCUCUAAAGAUAUGGAGCAAUGAUAGAUGUUGGAGUGUAGAGCAUCGUGUAGCAUAUGGAGGGAGGGAACCUCGACUUUCUGUUGCUUUCUUUUGGAAUUUUUCAGAAGAAAUAGAGGUCUAUGCACCAGAGGAGCUUAUAGAUGAGCACUAUCCACGUCAUUACAAGCCUUUCCUUUUCAAAGACUACAAAAAUGCAACGACUUGA